CGGCACAGUCGCGGUCGUCGUGGACGUUCGGUCGCCGUCGGUUUUUGGAAGGAAUACUCGGGAAAAACUGGGAAAAAAAAAAAACAAUACCCAAGCACGCUGUACACCGUUAUUCCGUAUUAUUAUAUGUAUUGUAGAUCCCAUUUGGAGGUGUAAUAUUGUAUCGUGUGUCUUUUUGUCCGCACGACGGUUGUGUAAGUACUUUCCGUUGGUCUCGUCCGUUCCAAACCGUAUCUCGCAGACAGCAAGCAAAAAAAAAAAAAAAAACGCCGGUCGUUAUAAUAAUAAUAAUAUAUUAUUAUAAUAGUGUUGGCCGGUCGUGGUGACCGUCGCGUGUGAUGGAGACGUUGUGACGAGUUCAGACACAAGUCCAAAGGAAAAAAACAAUAAAAAAUAUUAAAGCAUGGCCGACGGCGAUGGCAGUUCCGAACAAGAUGAUGUAUCGUUUCUGCGGACGGAAGACAUGGUGUGCUUGUCUUGCACCGCAACCGGCGAAAGGGUUUGUCUGGCGGCCGAAGGAUUCGGAAACCGACAUUGUUUUUUGGAAAAUAUCGCCGACAAGAACAUUCCGCCGGACUUAUCUCAGUGUGUGUUCGUCAUCGAACAAGCGCUGUCCGUCCGAGCGUUACAAGAACUAGUGACCGCAGCGAGUUCCCAAGAGGGCAAAGGUGGCACCGGGUCGGGCCACAGAACGUUGUUGUACGGUAACGCUAUUCUGUUACGCCAUCAAAACAGCGACAUGUACUUGGCUUGUCUCUCGACUAGUUCGUCCAACGACAAAUUGUCUUUCGACGUCGGUCUUCAGGAGCACUCGCAAGGCGAGGCUUGUUGGUGGACGGUCCAUCCGGCGUCCAAGCAGAGGUCAGAAGGAGAGAAAGUGCGGGUUGGCGACGACCUGAUUUUGGUAUCGGUCGCCACCGAACGGUAUCUGCACACAGCCAAAGAAAACGAACUUUCCGUAGUCAACGCUUCGUUUCACGUGACCCACUGGUCAGUGCAACCUUACGGCACUGGCAUCAGCCGGAUGAAGUAUGUGGGCUAUGUGUUCGGCGGAGACGUGCUUAGGUUCUUCCACGGAGGCGACGAAUGUCUGACCAUACCGUCCACGUGGAGUGGCGACGUUUCCGGACAAAACAUAGUCAUAUACGAGGGAGGCAGCGUGAUGAGCCAGGCAAGAUCUCUGUGGCGGUUGGAGCUGGCCAGAACCAAGUGGGCCGGCGGCUUCAUCAACUGGUGUCAUCCGAUGCGAAUCAGACAUCUGACCACCGGUAGAUACUUAGGCGUCAACGAAAACAAUGAACUGUACUUGGUCAGCAGAGACGAAGCGACUACCGCUUCGUCGGCGUUUUUCUUGAGGCAAGAAAAAGACGAUCAGAAAAUCAUAUUGGAAGACAAAGACUUGGAAGUCAUAGGCGCGCCCAUCAUCAAGUACGGCGACAGCACGGUAUUGGUGCAACAUUCCGACACGGGUUUGUGGUUGACUUAUAAGUCGUACGAGACCAAGAAAAAAGGCGUGGGGAAAGUGGAAGAGAAGCAAGCCGUGCUGCACGAAGAAGGCAAGAUGGACGACGGGUUGGACUUUAGCCGAAGUCAAGAGGAAGAGUCGAAAACCGCGAGGGUAAUCCGAAAAUGCUCGUCGCUGUUCACUCAGUUCAUAUCGGGGCUGGAGAAUCUCCAAAGCAACGGACGGUCAUCUUUGUUCUGUUCGUUUGUGAAUCUCAACGAAAUGGUCAUGUGCUUGGAAGAUUUGAUCAACUAUUUCGCCCAGCCGGAAGAAGAUAUGGAACACGAGGAAAAACAGAACCGGUUCAGAGCGCUCAGAAACAGGCAAGACCUAUUUCAAGAGGAAGGCAUAUUGAAUUUAAUUUUGGAGGCCAUUGACAAAGUAAACGUGAUCACUUCGCAAGGAUUUAUGGUCAAUCUAGCCGGCGACGAGUCGGGACAAAAUUGGGAAGUCAUUUCCGGUUAUUUGUACCAACUUUUGGCCGCUAUUAUUAAGGGCAAUCAUACCAACUGCGCUCAGUUCGCCAACACCAACCGAUUGAAUUGGUUAUUUAGCCGAUUGGGUUCACAGGCGUCCAGCGAGGGAACCGGCAUGUUAGACGUUUUGCAUUGCGUACUCAUCGACUCGCCGGAAGCUUUGAACAUGAUGAAGGACGAACACAUCAAAGUGAUCAUAUCUCUUUUGGAAAAACACGGACGAGACCCAAAGGUGUUGGAUGUUCUGUGCUCAUUAUGCGUCGGUAACGGCGUGGCUGUUAGGAGUUCGCAAAACAACAUAUGCGACUUCCUUUUACCGGGCAAAAACUUACUCCUGCAAACUCAACUCGUCGACCACGUGGCCAGUGUUCGACCUAAUAUAUUCGUUGGAUUCGUCAGCGGUUCGGCAGUGUACCGUAAGUGGUACUACGAAGUGGCCAUCGACCACGUGGAGCAAACGACACACCUGAGCCCUCACAUUCGCAUUGGUUGGGCCAACACUGCCGGCUAUGUACCGUAUCCCGGCGGUGGUGAAAAAUGGGGCGGAAACGGAGUUGGAGACGACCUGUAUUCGUUUGGGUUUGACGGGGCGCACUUAUGGACUGGUGGUUGCAAAUCCGAAGCGAUGCCAGGAGCGCAGAUUCCUUAUAUAAAAAAAUCCGACGUCAUCGGUUGCGCUUUGGACUUGACCAUUCCCAUCAUCACGUUCACUCUGAACGGCCAUUUGGUCCAAGGGGCUUUCAGGGAUUUCAAUUUGGACGGCAUGUUUUUCCCCGUCAUAAGUUGUUCGUCGAAAAUCAGCUGUCGGUUUUUGUUGGGUGGCGACCACGGUCGGUUGAAGUUUACUCCGCCCGACGACUUCUCUCCGCUGUUCGAAAGCCUCUUGCCGCAGCAGAUCCUUACCAUAGACCCUUGCUUCUACUUUGGCAACUUGAACAAGCGCGUGCUCACGGGACCUUGGUACGUCGAGGACGACACGGCGUUCGUCCCCAACCCGGUGGACACGUCCAUGAUAGCGCUGCCCGGUUACAUAGAGAACAUCAAGGACAAACUGGCGGAGAACAUACACGAGAUGUGGGCUAUGAACAAAAUAGAAACCGGUUGGCAGUUCGGCGAGAUAAGAAACGACACGAUGAAGUUCCAUCCGUGCUUGACUCAGUUCAACAAACUUCCGCCGGCCGAGAAACGUUACGACACCCAGUUGGCCGUGCAAACGCUCAAGACCAUCAUCGCCUUGGGAUAUCACAUCACUAUGGACAAUCCGCCAUCUCGCAUCAAAACUCUUCGGUUGCCCAACGAGCCGUUCAUGCAGCCCAACGGGUACAAACCGGCACCUCUAGAUCUGUCUGCCAUCUUGUUGACCGGUAAAAUGGAAGAGCUCAUCGACCAACUAGCCGAGAACACACACAACCUGUGGGCCAAAGAGAGAAUACAGCAAGGAUGGACGUACGGUUUGAACGAGGAAUUACAAAUGUUGCGCAGCCCACAUUUGGUACCGUACAUUAAAGUCGACGACGCCAUAAAGAAAGCCAACAGGGAUACGGCCAGUGAAACGGUACGCACUCUAUUAGUGUACGGCUACAAUUUAGAUCCACCUACUGGCGAGACUAACGAAGCAACACUAAUGACAGAAGAAUUGGUUAAGAGAUAUUUAACAUUUAGGACUUAUCGCGCUGAGAAAACAUACGCCGUUUCCAGUGGUAAAUGGUAUUUCGAAUUUGAAAUCCUCACCAACGGGCCCAUGCGAGUAGGCUGGGCUAAGUACGAUUGCAUUCCGGGCUAUCAGAUCGGUAGCGACGAGAACUCGUAUGCGUUUGACGGAUACAACGAAGAGAAAAUCUACAUGGGCACGGCGGAGUCGUUCGGCCGGCAAUGGCAGGUCGGCGACGUCGUGGGAGUGUUUUUGGACUUGAUGGAUCACACUAUAAGUUUCUCGCUCAACGGCGAACUGCUUAUGGACACUUUGGGCGGCGAGACGACUUUCUCCGAAGUCCAAGGCGAAGGUUUCGUGCCGGCAUUUACGUUGGGGUUGGGUCAAAAGGCCAAGCUGACGUUCGGCCAAGAUGUGAACUCGUUGAAAUUUUUCACCACUUGCGGACUCCAAGAAGGAUACGAACCGUUUUGCGUCAAUAUGAAGCGCCCUGUGACUUACUGGUAUACAAAGGAUCAACCUAUAUUCGAGAACACCGACGACUUCCCGUCGGUCAUCGACGUCACCAGAAUACCAGCGGGAUCCGACACGCCUCCGUGCUUGAAGAUCAGCCACAACACGUUCGAAACGAUGGAAAAGGCCAACUGGGAAUUCUUGAGACUCUCCCUGCCCAUCAUAUGCCUUCCUGCUUUCAUAGACGACCAAGAGAAACAGAGGCGUUGGCAAGAAAUAAGGAUCAGACAACACAGGUUAUUGUCGCAGACGGAGCACGCCACGCCGGCGCACAUUGAACAGAUAAUGAAGUCUGGAUUUUCGAUGAGCGACAUUAAAGGCCUUCACCGUUACUCGGAGGAUCCGGUCGAAAACGAGGAUCUGAUCACAAACUCAACGCCGCUUCCUCCCAGGGGCAAAAAUCAACCGCCUCCGCCCAGACCUCCCAGGAAAGGAUCUUUGUCCAGACACGAUGAGUUGAUAGUCGAAAACGGUGGAAAAAUGAACCGUUCGUCUAGUGAACUUGACUUCAACAACAUGUACAAGCACCAAAGUCGAAACAGUCAGGACGUGAGCAAGGAAGACAAGAAGAAAAGAGGAAAGUCGCCUUUUCGAUUUUUUUCGCGAAAGAAAGACGGCCCAUCGGAUGCUCCGAAGAGGGCAAAGACACCGGAUCCAGCUAGAACCACGGAGAGGGGUCGUCACCUGCACAGGCCUAGUACGGCCAACGAAAGGGUCACUCCCCAGAUAAGAGUAUCGCAGGCCGACAUCAAGCUAGUUCCACCAACUAUACCAGACAGACCAGGUGGCCCUAAGGCCAUGUCGUUUACGCCCAACACCAACUCCGGGAUAGAGUUUGUGGGCAACGAAAUCUACGACUCGGAGUGCUUGAAGCUGAUCAACGAAUACUAUUACGGGGUGAGGAUAUUUCCCGGCCAAGAUCCGACACACGUGUACGUCGGUUGGUUGACCACACAGUAUCAUUUGCACAGCAAAGACUUUAGCCAGAACCACGUGCGCAAGAGCACCGUCACCAUCGUGGACGAACACAACAGGAUUUUGGAAAGUAUCGAUAGACAGAGUUGUUACAUGGUCCGGGCCGACCAACUGUACAACGAGGUGACCAACGAUUCUUCGGGCAAAGGCGCCUCGCAAGGCAUGGCCAUAGGUUGUUUCAUCGACACGGCCACCGGUAUGAUGACUUUCACGUGUGAAGGCAAAGAGACCAGUUUCAAGUUUAAGAUGGAACCGGGUAUUAAACUAUUUCCGGCUAUAUUCGUGGAGGCCAGCAGUAAAGAAAUAUUACAAAUCGAACUGGGCAGAACAACGACCACACUACCAUUGUCGGCGGCCGUCCUCCAGAACUCUGAACGUCACGUCAUCCCUCAGUUCCCGCCCAGGCUAAAGGUGCAGUGCUUGAGACCUUACCAGUGGGCAAGAGUGCCGAACGACUCAUUGCACAUCCACACGCUGAAGCUGUCGGACAUCCGGGGCUGGAGUAUACUGUGCGAGGACCCUGUAUCCAUGAUAGCUUUGCACAUACCCGAAGAAGACAGAUGUAUCGACGUGUUGGAACUGAUCGAAAUGGAAAAACUGCUGUCUUUCCACGCCCACACGUUAACACUGUACGCUGCCGUGUGCUAUCAAGCAAACUACCGGGCUGCUCAUAUAUUGUGCACCCAUGUGGACCAAAAGCAACUCCUAUACGCCAUAUGUUCCGAGUACAUGUCUGGUCCACUACGACAAGGAUUUUACGACUUGUUAAUCGCACUGCACUUGGAAUCCCACGCCACCACAAUGGAAGUGUGCAAAAACGAGUACAUCGUACCACUUGGACAAGAGUUGACCGACUUGUACGACGAUCCGACUAUGGGCCACAGCUUACGUUCUCUUCAGACCGAAUCGGUUCGCCCUCAAAUGAAAAUGACCGAAAUCUCGGACACUAUCGAAAACGUCCGGAGCCUGUACAGCCCGUAUUUUCCUUUGCAAGUGGUCAGGGAGUACGUGAUGGCCGCGUUGGAGGAAGCGGUGUCAGUCAAUCAGGUUCACAACAGAGAUCCCAUAGGCGGUUCUAACGAAAAUUUGUUUUUACCUCUUUUGAAACUAGUCGAUCGUCUGCUGUUGGUCGGUAUGCUGCGUGACGAAGACGUCGAGAAGUUAUUGAUCAUGAUCAAUCCGGAAACGUGGGAUCCAGAUUUCCAGAAAGCCGGUCCGGAUGAACACAGGAAAGGUUUGUUACACAUGAAAAUGGCCGAAGGGGCAAAACUGCAGAUGUGUUAUUUAUUGCAUCACCUGUGCGACAUUCAGCUGAGACACAGAGUGGAAUCUAUAAUAUCGUUUAGCUAUCAGUUCGUCAACGACAUUCAAAUAGAUCAACUGAGGCGAUAUAACGAAAUAAAACAAUCCGACUUACCGUCGGCGUUGGCGGCCAAGAAAACAAGAGAAUUCCGCUGUCCGCCUAGAGAGCAAAUGAACGCAAUAUUGAGUUUUAAAAAUUUGGAAGACGUCGACAGAGACACUUCUUUGUGCGGUGACGAGCUGCGCGAGAGGAUGAACUACUUCAAUUCCAAACUAAUGGCACAAGUUUCAUUGGUGGCUUUGCAAGAACCAGAAGAAGACCCGCUGGCCAACAAUAACACAAAUGAAGGUAAAAUCAAACAGUUCUAUAACUUUAUCAAUGCCGUCAAAGACGAAGAAAGCGAGACAGAGCCAGACGAGCCAUAUAAAAAAGUACCAGAAGAAAUAUUUAGAAAGGUUUUGAUAUCUACCAUUGUCGCUUGGGCCGAAGAAACCCAAAUCGAAACGCCCAAACUCGUGCGAGAGAUGUUCAGUCUGUUGGUGAGGCAAUACGAUAGCGUCGGAGAACUCAUACGGGCUUUGGAGAAAACGUACGUGAUCAACAGCAAAACAAAAGAAGACGUGGCCCAAAUGUGGGUGGGAUUGAGUCAGAUCCGUUCUCUGUUGCCCGUGCAAAUGUCCCAAGAAGAAGAGGAGCUCAUGCGUGAACGACUGUGGAAACUGGUCAACAACCACACGUUUUUCCAACAUCCCGACCUGAUCAGAGUCCUCCGGAUGCACGAGAACGUGAUGGCCGUCAUGAUGAACACGCUGGGCAGAAGGGCUCAGGCCCAGUCUCAGCCCGGAGGAGGCAGCCCCGUUACCGGACAAGACGGCGAAAUAUUGCCAAAAGAAAAAGACACAUCUCACGAAAUGGUCGUGGCUUGUUGCCGGUUUCUGUGCUAUUUCUGUCGUACUUCGAGGCAAAACCAAAAAGCCAUGUUCGACCAUUUCUCGUUCCUCUUGGAGAACAGCAACAUCCUGCUGUCCAGACCGUCGUUGCGGGGAAGCACGCCUUUAGACGUGGCCUAUUCUUCUCUAAUGGAGAACACCGAGCUGGCUUUGGCGUUGAGGGAACAUUAUUUGGAGAAAAUAGCGAUUUAUUUGUCUCGGUGUGGCUUGCAAUCCAAUUCCGAGCUGGUGGAAAAGGGAUACCCCGAUCUAGGAUGGGACCCGGUGGAAGGGGAGAGGUAUUUGGAUUUUCUGCGAUUCUGCGUUUGGGUCAACGGUGAAAGCGUCGAAGAAAACGCCAACUUGGUCAUCCGGUUGUUAAUCCGUCGGCCAGAGUGCUUGGGACCCGCGCUCAGAGGCGAAGGCGAAGGACUGUUACAAGCCAUAAUCGAAGCCAACAAGAUGUCCGAGAGGAUAGCGGAACGCAAGAAGUUCAUCGAGGAAUCCGGCAACCAAGAAAACGUGCAACUGGAACAUCCGCUUCCGGAAUCCGAAGACGACGAAGACUACAUCGACACCGGAGCAGCCAUUCUCAACUUCUAUUGCACCCUGGUCGACUUGUUGGGAAGGUGUGCCCCAGACACUGCGGUUAUAGCUCAGGGCAAAAACGAAUCGUUGCGAGCCAGAGCCAUUCUUCGUUCACUGGUGCCCCUCGAAGACCUGCACGGUGUGCUCAGCCUGAGGUUUACCUUGCAGAAUCCGGCCGCGGGACAAGACCGACCGAAGAGCGACAUGCCGUCGGGUCUGAUACCCGGCCACAAACAGAGCGUGGUGUUGUUCUUGGAAAGGGUGUACGGCAUCGAGUCGCAGGAGUUGUUCUUUACUCUGCUGGAAGAGGCGUUCUUGCCGGACCUGCGAACAGCCACGAUGCUCGACAGGAACGACGGGCUCGAGUCGGACAUGGCACUGGCCAUGAACAGGUACAUCGGGAACUCGGUGUUGCCGUUGCUGAUUGGUCAUUCGAAAUUCUACAGCGAGUCGGACAACUACGCCAAUUUGUUGGAUGCCACCCUGCAUACGGUGUACAGGCUAUCGAAAAACCGCAUGUUGACCAAGGGACAGCGGGAAGCGGUCUCGGACUUUUUGGUGGCCUUGACUAGUCAAAUGCAGCCGAGCAUGCUCUUAAAACUACUCAGAAAACUUACCGUCGACGUGUCAAACUUGUCCGAGUACACUACAGUUGCUUUACGGUUGUUGACGUUGCAUUAUGAUCGAUGUGCCAAGUACUACGGAUCUACUGGCGGCCAAGGACUUUACGGUGCGUCCAGCGAUGAAGAAAAACGACUUACCAUGAUGUUGUUCAGCAACAUAUUCGAUUCGUUGUCAAAAAUGGACUACGAGCCGGAGCUAUUCGGCAAAGCGUUGCCUUGCUUGUCGGCUAUUGGAUGCGCUUUACCGCCUGAUUAUUCUCUUUCGAAAAACCACGACGACGAGUGGUACGGUUCUAAAGCCAACAUCCAAGGACCGUCUGAUGGACCGUACAAUCCGCAACCCAUCAACACUAACAGCAUCAUACUCGACAACGACUUAAACACUAUCGUUCAAAAAUUCUCUGAACACUACCACGACGCUUGGGCCAACCGGAAAUUGGAAAACGCUUGGGUUUAUGGCGAACAGUACAACGACGUGAACAAAACUCAUCCACGUCUCAAGCCAUACACAAUGCUCAGCGAAUACGAAAAAGAACUGUACAAAGAACCCGUGAGGGAGUCGCUGAAAGCUUUGCUGGCCAUAGGCUGGAGCAUCGAGCAUUCCGAAAACGAUGAGCCGCUGAGCAACCGUGGAUCGAUUCGUCGCCAGUCCAAGUCCAACGAAAACAUGACGCCGUUCGACUACCAUCCCAACCCGUUGGAUAUGACUAACCUGACAUUGACCAGAGAAAUGCAAAACAUGGCGGAACGGUUGGCGGAAAACUCGCACGAUAUUUGGGCCAAGAAGAAGAAAGAGGAACUUAUGAUAUGCGGUGGUGGCAUUCACAACCAGCUUGUACCGUACGACCUGUUGACCGACAAGGAAAAGAAAAAAGACAGAGAACGAUCUCAGGAAUUCCUAAAGUACCUUCAGUACCAAGGCUACAAGCUGCACAGACCCAACCGGAACGGUGGACCCACAGAAGCAGAACAACUGGCCGCCGCAUCCACUGGUGAGCUGAGGUUCUCCUACAGUCUACUCGAGAAGUUGAUCCAGUACACCGAUCGGGCUUCGAUCAACAUGAAACUUUUAAAACCGUCCAGUACAUUCAGCAGACGUUCCAGUUUCAAGAUUUGUACCAGAGACAUCAAGUUCUUCUCCAAAGUCGUUUUGCCUCUCGUAGAGAAGUAUUUCAGCACUCAUAGGAAUUAUUUCAUAACGGUAGCGACGGCCUCGAGCAUUUUGGGCGCAGCUUCGUUGAAAGAGAAGGAAAUGGUGGCUAGUCUGUUCUGCAAAUUGGCCAAUCUACUGAGGUCCAAGCUGACGGCGUUCGGAGCCGACAUCCGCAUAUCGGUCAGAUGCCUUCAAGUGCUGGUCAAAGCCAUCGACGCCAAAUCUUUGGUGAAAAACUGUCCGGAAUUCAUAAGGACUUCGAUGCUGACCUUCUUCCACAACAUAGCCGACGACUUGGAGCACACUAUCCAGAACUUGCACGACAGUCGUUACUGCUAUCUUCGAGGCACUCAUUUGAAGACGUCCACGUCGUUGUUCUACGUCAACGACGUCAUCUUGCCCGUGCUGUCGUCGCUCUUUGAUCAUUUAGCCGCCUGCGAGUACGGCAACGAUCUCCUCCUGGACGAAAUACAAGUAGCCGCCUACAAAAUACUCAGCAGCCUGUACACGCUGGGCACUGAUACGUCACUAACGCACGAAAGAAAAUACUUGAAAGUCCAGCUGGAGCGACAUCGGCCGGCUUUCGGCAGUUGUCUGGGCGCGUUCAGUUCGACUUUUCCAGUGGCUUUUCUUGAACCGCACCUGAACAAGCACAAUCAGUAUUCACUGCUCAACCGGAUCGCCGACCAUUCGCUCGAAGCUCAAGACAUUAUGUCCCGGAUGGAAGGUACCAUGCCCACACUGGAAACCAUUCUCAACGAGGUAGACCAAUUCAUCGAAUCGGACAAGACCUACGCGGACGCUCCGCACAUCAUCGACGUCGUCUUGCCGUUGCUGUGCUCGUACUUGCCCUUUUGGUGGGCGCAAGGACCCGACAACGUGGCCCUGACCACCGGAAACCACGUGACGAUGGUGACCAGCGAACACAUGAACUGCCUGCUCAAAAACGUACUGAAGCUCAUCAAGAAAAACAUAGGCAACGACAACGCUCAAUGGAUGACCCAAAUAGCCGCCUAUACGCAACAAAUCAUCAUCAAUUCGUCGGAAGAACUGCUGAAGGACCCGUUCUUGCCGUUGGCCGAGCGAGUCAAAAAGCGCACCGAAACUUUAUACCACAAAGAGGAAUCGUUAAGAGGAUUCAUCAAAUCAUCGUCAGACGAUACGUCUCAGAUUGAAGCGCAAAUACAAGAAGAUUGGCUGUUGGUUGUGAGGGACAUUUACGCGUUUUAUCCGCUAUUGAUCAAGUAUGUGGAUCUCCAGCGCAACCAUUGGCUGCGCAACAACGUACCGGAAGCCGAAGACCUGUACAACCACGUGUCGGAAAUCUUCAACAUCUGGUCCAAGUCUCAGUACUUCUUGAGGGAAGAGCAAAACUUCAUUUCGGUCAACGAGAUCGACAACAUGAUCCUUAUCAUGCCAACGGCGUCUCGCAGGUCGGCCGUCAUAUCCGACACGUCUCUCAGUGCGUCUGGAGGGAAGAAGAAGAAAAAACACAGAGAUAAGAAGCGAGACAAAGAGAAAGAAGUCCAAGCGUCGCUGAUGGUGGCUUGCUUGAAAAGACUGUUGCCGGUCGGCUUGAAUUUGUUCGCCGGCCGAGAACAAGAACUGGUCCAACACUGCAAGGAUCGUUUCCUGAAGAAAAUGCCCGAUUACGAGGUAGUGCAGUUUGUCAAAACCCAGCUGACCUUGCCCGACAAGCUGGACCCGGCCGACGAAAUGUCGUGGCAACACUAUUUGUACUCCAAGUUGGGCAGCAAAAAAGACACUAUCAACGAAAUCAAACCGCAGCAAGUGGACGAAGUGGCCGACCGAAUCGUGGCCAUGGCCAAAGUCCUUUACGGAUUGCACAUGAUUGAUCAUCCUCAGCUUCAAAGCAAGGCGAUUUAUCGAUCAGUUGUAUCGACGCAACGUAAGAGAGCCGUUAUUGCUUGUUUCCGACAACUCUCACUCCACGCUUUGACCAGACACCGAGCGGUGAACAUAUUUGUUCGGUCCUACUACGAGCUGUGGCUCCAAGACGAGAACAUCGGCCAAGAAGUGAUGAUCGAAGACCUGACACAAUCUUUCGAGGAAGCAGAGUUGAAAAAACGCGACAAGGAACAAGACGAAGGCAAAGCGGAUCCUUUGAACCAGAUGGUGACCACGUUCUGCCGAGGCGCCAUGACCGAGCGAAGCGGAGCCCUACAAGAAGAUCCACUUUACAUGUCGUACGCCGACAUUUUAGCCAGGUCUUGCGGUGAAGAGGAAGAAGAGGGCGGCGACGAUGACGAAGAAGGAUCUGGAAGUGGCGGUGGCAACGGCGAAGAAGAAGGUGGUGCUUCCAUACACGAACAAGAGAUGGAAAAACAGAAACUAUUGUUUCACCAAGCGCGACUGGCUAACCGCGGGGUCGCCGAGAUGGUGUUGUUGCACAUAUCCGCUUGCAAAGGCAUACCUAGCGAAAUGGUUAUGAAGACCCUACAGCUAGGCAUAGCCAUCCUACGUGGUGGCAACUUGGAAAUUCAAAUGGGCAUGCUGAACCAUCUAAAAGAAAAGAAAGACGUGGGAUUCUUUACGUCGGUGGCCGGUUUGAUGAACUCGUGUAGCGUUUUGGACCUGGACGCGUUCGAGAGGAACACCAAGGCCGAAGGGCUGGGCGUCGGAUCCGAAGGGGCUGCUGGCGAAAAAAACAUGCACGACGCCGAGUUCACGUGCACACUGUUCCGGUUCAUUCAGCUGACUUGCGAGGGACACAACUUGGAAUGGCAGAAUUACUUGAGGACUCAGGCCGGCAACACGACCACGGUCAAUGUGGUCAUAUGCACCGUCGACUACUUGCUCAGACUUCAGGAAUCCAUCAUGGACUUUUAUUGGCAUUACUCCAGCAAAGAGCUCAUCGACCCCGCGGGCAAGGCUAACUUCUUCAAAGCCAUCGGAGUCGCCAGCCAGGUGUUCAACACCCUGUCCGAAGUCAUCCAGGGACCGUGCACCCAAAACCAACAGGCUCUGGCCCAUUCCCGGUUGUGGGACGCCGUCGGCGGUUUCUUGUUUUUGUUCUCGCACAUGCAAGACAAACUGUCCAAACACUCCAGUCAAGUGGACCUGCUGAAAGAACUUUUGAACCUGCAAAAGGACAUGAUCACCAUGAUGCUGUCCAUGUUAGAAGGAAACGUCGUCAACGGAACUAUCGGCAAACAAAUGGUCGACACGCUCGUGGAAUCCGCAUCAAACGUCGAGUUGAUAUUGAAAUACUUCGACAUGUUCUUGAAACUCAAAGAUUUGACCAGUUCUACUAGUUUUGCUGAAAUAGACGCGAACAACGACGGUUGGGUGCAUCCGAAAGACUUUAAAGAAAAAAUGGAGCAGCAAAAAAGUUACACUGCGGAAGAAAUCGAGUUCAUGUUGCAAUGCUGCGAGUCCAACCACGACGGCAAGAUUGACUACAUCGGUUUCACCGAUCAGUUCCACGAACCGGCCAAGGAGAUAGGUUUCAACCUUGCCGUGCUGUUGACCAACCUGUCGGAGCACAUGCCCAACGAGCCCAGGUUGACUAGGUUCUUGGAGACGGCCAGCAGCGUGCUCAACUACUUCCAACCGUUCCUGGGCAGGAUAGAAAUACUGGGCGGCAGCAAACGCAUCGAACGAGUGUACUUUGAGAUCAAAGAGUCCAACAUCGAGCAAUGGCUGAAACCGCAGAUUAGGGAAUCUAAACGUGCCUUCUUCUAUUCCAUCGUCACCGAGGGUGGCGACAAAGAGAAACUCGAAGCCUUUGUCAACUUCUGCGAGGACGCCAUAUUCGAAAUGCAACAUGCAAGCGGUCUGAUGGCUGUCGACGACGGUUCCGGAAUUGGCGGUGGCAAGUGCAGGAAGACCGCAUACACUUAUAUGGCCGACGAUGAUGAAAACAACACUGCCAAAGAUCCCGUCAGGAGAGGCAUUCAGACGGUCAAAGACGGUUUCCGGAUGCUGUUUUUCGCGUUAUCGCCGAGCAACAUAAAAAACAAAGUAGACGAAAUGCAACGGAUGACAACGGUCGAACUGAUCACAGCAUUUUUCAAACUGUGGUUUUACCUGAUGUUCUACACCGGCUACAGUGGAUUUUACGUGUUGAGGUAUGUGUCACGGAUUCUCAUGCAUCUCAUGAGCGGCGGUACUCAGUCGGAAGAGACCGCGGUAGAAGUAGUGGAAGAGAAGAGCGGAUCGUUCAGGAUGUUACCGGCGUUACCGUCUACCGGAUCUGAAGAAUCGCAACUUCUGGCUCUGACUUCCGGACCGGACGGCGUCGACUCGAAAAAAACGAUUUCGCCUCAACAGGCCACAGCCGUGCAGGGUCAAGGAGACAAAGCCAAGGACGACCAGCAAUUAAGUUUGACCGACAACAACACCGAAGACGGAUCGCAGAAAACCGCGGACGACGGUCCGGACGGCCAACCGUCGUUCGUCGACUUGUUGGUAGGCGAGACGGCCCGGAAAGACUCGAUAGCCGGACCGGAAGUGUUGGCCCAACAACAGGCGGUCAUGGCCGCCGUAGAAGCGGAAGUCAAGCAAAAGAACUCGGUCAACAACGCCAGCGCUUUUUCGCAGAUCGACAUCAACGCGUACACUCACCGUGCGUUGAGUUUUCUGGCUCGAAACUUCUACAAUCUCAAGUACGUGGCGUUGGUGUUGGCCUUCUGCAUUAACUUUAUACUGCUGUUCUACAAGGUGACGACGCUGGCGGAAGAUUUGUCGGCGGAAGACGCGGACGGCAAGACGCUGGCCUUGGGCACGGACGCCGAGGCGGAAAAUGACGACGGUGCCGGGGCCGUGGAACUGGUGCACGUCGACCAGGACUUCUUCUACAUGGCGCACGUGAUGCGGCUGGCCGCCAUGCUGCACUCGCUGGCGUCGCUGGCCAUGCUCAUAGCGUACUACCACCUGAAGGUGCCGCUGGCCAUAUUCAAACGGGAGAAGGAGAUCGCCCGCCGGCUGGAGUUCGACGGUCUGUACAUCGUGGAGCAGCCCGAGGACGACGACAUCAAGUCGCACUGGGACAAACUGGUCAUAUCCGCCAAGUCGUUCCCGGUCAAUUACUGGGACAAGUUCACCAAGAAAAAGGUCCGGCAAAAGUACAGCGAGACGUACGACUUUGAUUCCAUCAGCAACUUGUUGGGCAUGGAAAAGACUUCGUUUAGCACCGACACGGGUAGCGAAGAGGGAACCGGACUUAUUAACUUCAUUGUCAACAUCGACUGGAGGUAUCAGGUGUGGAAAGCCGGGGUUACCAUAACGGACAAUUCGUUCCUGUACAGCUUGUGGUACUUUACAUUUUCGAUUUUGGGCAAUUUCAACAACUUCUUCUUCGCCGCUCACUUGCUGGACGUGGCCGUCGGUUUCAAGACGCUCCGGACAAUCUUGCAAUCGGUCACGCACAACGGCAAACAGUUGGUGUUGACCGUGAUGUUGCUCACCAUCAUCGUUUACAUCUACACCGUGAUCGCGUUCAAUUUCUUCCGGAAGUUCUACGUGCAAGAGGAAGACGACCAGGUGGACAAAAAGUGUCACGACAUGUUAACGUGCUUCGUUUUUCACUUGUACAAAGGAGUCAGAGCCGGCGGAGGUAUAGGAGACGAGAUAGGUUCGCCCGACGGUGACGACUACGAGGUGUACAGGAUAAUGUUCGACAUAACUUUCUUCUUCUUCGUCAUCGUCAUCUUGCUGGCCAUCAUUCAGGGUUUGAUCAUCGACGCUUUCGGUGAGCUCCGUGACCAACUGGAGAGCGUCAAGGAAGACAUGGAGUCAAAUUGCUUCAUAUGCGGCAUAGGCAAGGAUUACUUCGACAAAGUUCCACAUGGGUUCGACACGCACGUCCAACAGGAACACAACUUGGCCAAUUACAUGUUUUUCCUGAUGCACCUGAUCAACAAACCGGACACAGAGUACACCGGCCAGGAGACUUAUGUGUGGAACAUGUACCAGCAGCGGUGCUGGGACUUCUUCCCCGUGGGAGACUGUUUCCGCAAACAGUACGAAGAGGAACUGGGAGGCGGCGGCGGUGUCUAAUAAUAAUAAUAAUAUUUAUUUAGCAACUCAUUAAGAUGUUUAAUUUUAAUAUCGUGUUAUGUAUGUAACGUGUGAUGCUAGUGUGUGUGUGUGUGUGAGUGGUCACAUGUGUGAUGACCGCCCCUUUUCAAAUGUAGACUGCGCUUGCCUAUAUAUAUAUAUAUAUAUUAUUAUAAAUAUUUCCUAUGACGUGUUAAGUCGAUUAUAUUUAUUAUAAUAUAUAAUAUUAUUAUGUAAAAA